AUGAAAACCCCACGUGAACAGAAAAACAUGGGAAUCAAAUGGCAAGUAACAUUUUCCUUUUUAUCCUUGUGGCUUUUUCAUUUAGUCUCUGGUCAGCUUCAUUAUUCCAUUGAUGAGGAACUGAGAAAAGAUACCAUAAUAGCAAAUAUUUCAAAUGAUCUUGGUUUAGAUAUUAAGGAGCUCUUUCAAAGAAGAUUUAGUAUAGAUUCUCAUAAUUCCAAAAAAUAUGCUUCUGUUGAUUUAGAAAAUGGAAAUCUAUACAUUAAUGACAGAAUAGACAGAGAGACUUUGUGUCGGACAGCACCUACCUGCCUCCUAAGCUUUGAUGCAGUGCUUGAAAAACCCUUAAAUAUUUUUACUGUCAAACUUGAAAUUCAGGACAUAAAUGAUAAUCCUCCAAGGUUCUUUCAUGACACCAUCACCUUAGAAAUAAGUGAAUCUACUUUACCAGGAACUCAUUUAGUUUUACAGACAGCAGAAGAUCCAGAUAUUGGAAUAAAUUCAGUACAAAGAUAUAUCCUCAGUGACAAUCAAUUUCUAUCAUUGAAAGAAAAGAUCAGAACUGAUGGAAGCAAAAUUCCAGAACUUGUGCUAGAGAAAUAUCUAGACCGGGAGACACAAAGUGUGCACAAAUUAUUCUUAACAGCUUUUGAUGGAGGAAACCCUGUAAGAUCUGGAUCAGCUCUUAUUAAAAUUAUCAUUAGUGAUGCAAAUGAUAAUAUACCUGAGUUUUCUAAAGAGGUGUAUAAGGUGAAAAUGAGUGAAAAUACUCCAGUUAACACCACUGUGCUUUCUGUGGAUGCAACUGAUAAAGAUGAAGGUCUAAAUGCACAAAUCACAUAUUCCUUUAGCAAAACAUCAGACAACCAGCUUCACACAGGCACCUUUGAUAUUAAUCCUACUAGUGGCAAAAUUACAACAAAAAGGGAUCUGGAUUUUGAGAGUGUCCAAAGCUAUGAGAUAGCAAUAGAAGCAAUGGAUGGGGGUGGUUUUGUGGCACAGACUAAGGUAUUAAUAGAAAUUAUAGAUGAAAAUGACAAUGCACCAGAGAUAUCCAUAGCCUCAUUAUCUGCUCCUAUUCCUGAGGACUCCAUGCCUGGCACUGUCAUAGCACUAAUUAAAGUUCAUGAUCAAGAUACAGGAAGGAAUGGAGAAGUUGAUUGUCAGAUACUGGGAGCAGCGCCUUUUCAAAUCGUUUCAUCUUCCAGUAGAUACUACAGGAUUAUUACUGCCAGUUUCCUGGACAGAGAGAAGGUACCAUGGUAUAAUAUUACAAUACUUGCUACUGACAAAGGAUCUCCUGAACUUUCUAGCACAAAAUCUAUCAAGCUGGAUUUAUCAGAUGUAAACGAUAAUCCACCAGUGUUUUCAAAACCAACCUACGUUGCUUAUUUGCCUGAAAAUAAUUUACCAGGAUCUUCCAUUUACAGAAUACAAGCUUUUGAUUUUGAUAGUGGAAACAAUGCAAAAGUUGUAUAUUCUAUUUUAAAUACAUAUAUACAGGAUAUACCAGUAUCUGCUUAUUUUUCCAUUAAUGUAGUGAGUGGAGUUCUCUAUGCUCAGCGAUCAUUUGACUAUGAACAACACCAGAUGUUUAGCAUGGAAAUAACAGCUAGAGACAGUGGAUCCCCACCUCUGAAUAGCAAUAUAACUUUAAUUAUCUAUAUAAUAGAUCAGAAUGAUAAUGCACCAGAAAUCCUGUAUCCAUCACCAAAUGGUGGUGGGUCAUCAUUAUUUGAAAUGGUCCCUUUAGCCUCUGAGCAGGGUUCAUUGAUAACUAAAGUCAUUGCUGUGGAUGCAGACUCAGGCCAUAACUCGUGGCUUUCUUAUCAUUUCAUUCCAAUGUCAGACCCAUCACCAUUCAGUAUUAAUCAGUACACAGGGGAAAUCAGAACAUGCCGUGUUUUUCAGGAGAAAGAUCUUUUAAAGCAUAAAGUGGUGAUUAUGGUAAAGGACAAUGGACACCCAUCCCUUUCAGUAAGUGUUACUUUAAGCCUUGUUGUGGCAGACCAUUUUCAACAGGUGGUUCCCAAAAUAAAUAACCAAUCAGCUGAUGAAUCCCAGUCUAAUUUGCAAAUGUAUUUGGUAGUUGCAGUUACUCUGAUUUCAUUAUUACUUAUUUUAACUGUAAUAUUGACUGUAAUAUCAAAAUGUAAGGAGUCAAAACCAUUGCCAACCCUUGGGCCUCUGACUACAAGUUUAUAUCCUCAAGUAGACUCCAGGAUGCUUUCACAGUUUAACUGUGGUACUUUGCCUCUCCCGUACUCCUACAAUGUUUGUCUUUCUUUGGAUUCAUCUGAAAGUGGCUUUCCCAUAAUGAAACCAAAGCAAAAUGUGCCCAUUGACAAUCUAAUUGAUGCCGACAAUUCAGAACUCAGAAGUGAACAUUUUAAAGAAACAUUGUCUCCCAGCAACCCCAUUCAGCCUGGAACUGAUCGAAUCAAAAUCCCAGAACUUGUUCUAGAAAAAGCUCUAGAUCAUGAAACACAAAGUGUACACAAGUUAUUACUUACAGCUUUUAAUUGGGUACGGUCUGGAUCCACUCUAACCAAGAUUAUUAUUAGUGAUGCCACUACCAAUAUGCCUGUAUUUACAAGAGAGGUGUAUCAAGUUAACAUAAGUGAAUAUGCUCCAGUGGAAUCUACAGUGCUUUACAUUACUGUAACUGAUAACUCUGAAAGUUCAAAUGCUGAAAUCACAUAA